AUGAUGCGACUCGGUCACGUCGCCCUCUUCUUCGUAAAUGCCGCAGCUGCUGGUUUACUGCAAACAUUCGGCCAGGAUGUCCUGGCCAAACUCAAUGCCUUUGACGCGUGCAUUGAUGCGCUCUUUGUGACCAACUGCGUGGGCAAUCAACUGGUGUACCGCAUCAGCUUCAGCUUGAGCUCCUUCUUCGUGGUCGCGGCGCUACUCAGCUGCACCGUGGCCAGUAAAAAGUGUGACAGCAUAUGCUGUCUUCUGCUCUUCCAGCUGCCGUUCUACCUGGGGCUGCUCGCGGUGUCGCUCUUGAUGCCCAACGCUUUUUUCGUCGGUUAUGUGGUCAUUGCGCGCAUGUCGUCGGCCCUCUUUGUCAUCCUGCAGCUCGUUAUCAUCGUAGACUCGAGUUAUAGCCUGCGGGACUACAUUCUCGACAAGAUGGACGAGGCAGACCGUGAAGAGGAUACUCGAGAAGCAUUGCUUGGCACUGGCACUGGCUCAACGCAAGGAAGCAGCAUGACAACGGCGAUGUGGAAAGGAGCGUACCUCGCACUGGUGUCCGUCGGAAUGGUGCUCCUGAUCAUAGGGAUUCCAAUGAUGUACCUGCACUACGGCGAGUGCGACAUCGACGUUGUCUUCAUCUCGAUCACACUGCUGUCGGUGAUCAUCCUGAUUGUGUUGAGUGUCGUGACGGGAGCAAACGUGGGGCUUUUGCCAUCAACCACGGUCUCCCUUUACCUCUUGCUAUUGUGCUACCAGGCACUUCGAGCAAAUCCAAGUGCGUCCUGUGCACCAGUGCCUUCGUUAGCCAAAGAGAAGGCUCAGGAACUACCGGGCAUGAUUGUGAACUCGUUGAUUGCAGCGUUCACUGUUACCUGGACGAGCUGGCAAACAUCAGCAACCAGUACAAUCUUUCUCAGCUCGUCGCCUGCUCAUAAGCUUCGUGACGACAACCCUGCUGGAAAACAUGGCGAAGAGCUAGCGAGCGUCGGCUUGACACCUGGUCGCUUGGCCAGCGAUGAUUCUCGCGAGGUGGCAGAAUACCAGUUCCACGUACUGAUGGUGCUGGCAUCGCUUUACAUGGCGAUGGUUCUUACGAACUGGGGAAGCUUCGACGGGUCUUCGUCAAGUGAUGACGCAGUCUUCAGUAUGUGGGUCAAAGCGAUUUCGCAGUGGGUGGCAUCAGGGCUAUUCCUUUGGACUCUGGUAGCGCCUGCGGUGUUUCCUGAUCGUGAAUUCUCGUAA